CUCAAUAGCUCACGUUCAUUGAACAGUAUACGCGGUACACGAGCGAAGAGAGAGGUCAGGGCACAAUACCUCAAUAUUCAGAGUACGGACUUGUAAACCGUGAGUAACAAAGGCAUAAUAUUAAUAAUAAUUAUUAAGAGCAAGAUCAAGAAAGGGAAGACCGCUUCUUAAGGACUGCGUACGGAUCACCGGCAAAAUUCACACAUUACUGCCUGAUCAAUGUGGUUAGCCAAUCGCUCAGCCAUUCACACGGAACAAGAACUGGUCCGAGUUUCAUUCUGAAGUUGGGGAAAGUCUUAAUCCCGGUGAGCAACUAAUAGUACGAAAAUGUACUGUUCGUUAUGGGGGUUUCAUUCUAAUGUGAAUAUAGAAUAAAAAUCAGUGAAGAGUCUUCGGAUGACCGACGCAUUUUGGGAUGUUACCUUUCUUCGGGGCUAUUCUCUGAUAUCCCUUCUGAGCAUUUUAAAGGAUUCUUAUCAGGUGGCACAUCUGGCCUGUUUGGGUGGAUUUGACUUUAAAAUCAAGUUCAAGAUUUUUUAUUUUGUUUUACUAUUGUCUGUUCCAAACGACAGCUUAUUUUAAGACAACGAUACCCACUCACUUUUGGAAUUACAAUCAUGAACAUUGGCAGUUUCGUACAUUUCUUUUUUGCAGCGCUGCUUCAGCUUCAUUUGUCUGCAAUAAAGACUUCCCCCAUACCCAAGGACGGGGAGAAGAGUAUAAAUGAUGUGGUCCCAUUCAUGGAUGUGUAUAACAAGAGCAUGUGCCGGACGCGGGAACUGCUGGUGGACAUCUUCCAGGAGUACCCAGAUGAUAUCGAGCACAUCUACAUCCCGUCGUGUGUGGUGCUAAUGCGCUGCGCAGGCUGCUGCAAUGACGAGGCGCUCGAGUGUGUCCCCACAGAAACAAAAAACGUUACCUUGACGGUGUUAAGAAAGAAAAUGAAAUCGUUGCAACAUACUUUUCAGUUAAGUUUCACAGAACAUCGAAAGUGUGAAUGCAGACCAAAACCAGAGGUUAUUGCAAAGAAAGAAUACCACUGUGAGCCUUGCUCAGAGAGAAGAAAGCGCUUGUUUGUGCAGGACCCUCGCACCUGUAAAUGUUCCUGCAAAUUCACACAAUUAGACUGCAAGUCCAGACAACUUGAGUUAAACGAAAGAACUUGCAGAUGUGACAAACCAAGGAGAUGAAAUGAGGAGCAGGGAAGGGGAUACUGAAAUGAAGGAACAUUUUCUUGGCACAGCACUUUGAAACCCGAGAACGCAUUCCCUGUCUGGACAGAAAAUUACAGCGCAAAGAAAGACCUGGCGAAAGUAAACGAUGGAGAGGGACUGAGCUGUAACGCCGUUGUAUAUUUCUGAGAUAAUAUAUAAACAUACUUUAAAAGGACAAUGACAAUGUGUAUUGCUGCUAUAACAAAGAGGACAUUAUGAAAAUGAAUGAAUGCGCCUUGGAAUGGGUGUGUGAAUGGGGUGUGUUUCAACGCCAGUGUGUUUGGGCGUGCACAUGAAAAGGACUGCUAUUUUUGUCAGAAUCCAUUUAAUUUUAUGUAACACUUCACUGGAUGUUGGUCUGCUGUGGGUAUUGGUGUCUUUUAAAUAUAUCUGUAAACGAAGCGAAACUAUGACCACAGCUUUUCCAAGAGAGAUAACGGGAACCUAACUCUAUAGACAUACUAGAAGAAACCCUGGAGAGCGUUAACAUACUGUUCCUGUUGUCCAGAGAAUGCGGAACUAUUUCCCCCUGUGAUGUCACUUGCCGUUUGGGAUUACAUUUUUGUCACCACUGUACCAACUAACACCAGAUAGGUUUUGGUGUGAGAAAACUUCAAAAGGGAUAUUAAACAUAGGUAUAUAUGGAGACUAAUUAAUGCAUAACCUGAUCUGCUAUCACCACUAUCAAAAUCAGUAACCUGCAUUUGCUUUAUUCAUGUGUUUGGUUUCCCAAAGAGAUAACUGUACACAUAUAAAGAGUCUUAUAUGAUGUCAAAAAUAACGAUCUGUUUAUACUUACGUAAUAUCCCUUUUUUCUAGUACAGUAAAUCUAAUUUAUAAUUCUAGGUUAUUUUCAGUAUUCUGUGUAUUUAAUUGAUAUUUAUAUGCAGUGUUAUGGUUGAUAUGGAUUUUACUUAUUCUCCUGUUAAUGUUGUCACCUGAUCUGUUUUAACAUGGAAAACUGUGGACUGCUUUUUUUGGUGUGUGGGGAAAAAAAGGAACAGAAAGAGAACUUCAACAUUCCUGAAAAUUAGGUAUGUUUUGUUGGGCUAGAGAUUCUUGACUGUGGGUUACUUUCAAACCCUGCCACAAACAUGUAUGUGACAAGAUGGACAGCCAAUGUGGCAGUUGUGGCAGGACAUGUUUUGGCCGUUAA